AUGGCACGAGAGUUUGGUAAGGUACAGCCUCAGAACUCCUCCCGCAACAUCAUCAGCAAUCAAAGCAGCAGUAGAAGCAGCAGUAACAGUAGCCUCGAUAGCAAUCACGCAGAGAAAAUGCGCACACCACUGCUGGACGAAAAAUGGACAUCCAUUCUAUACACCUUGGUCGCCGCUCUCACCUACGUCACGGCUGGCACAAUGGUGGGCUGGAGCAGUGGAACCUUCCGUCGCUCCGUCUCAUCUUCUUCGGAACACGUUCCGCUACCAUUGCUAGACAACUGGAGCAUCUCGCUAGCCGCCACACCAGCCAUCGUUAUCACCGUGACGGCCUGCGUUGUCCAUCGCUGUUACCGCUGGAUCGGCACGAAAGCCUUCCUGCUAACGGCGUCCCUGUUGGCGAUCGGGUCGAGCGCGCUGGAGGCAUACGGUUUUACCUACUGGAGUGCUAGUGCGGCCCGCAUCCUGGCCGGGAUAUCUGCAGGCAUUGCGUUCACGCUCGUACCGUCGUACGUCGACGAGUUCGGUGGUGCGACUCGUCUUAAUACGCAGAACCGACCUCCACUGGAUGAGAUUCUGGCGGCUGCCCUACCGUUGGGUGUUUUACUUCGCUUCGCUGCUGAGCUACUCCCACAGCCGGCGGAUCCGCUGUGGAACGCCCUUCGUUGGGGUGCACUGCCCGGACUCGCCUUCGUGGGAUUGCUGUUCCUGCCCGAAUCUGCACGGUUCCUCUGUGUGACUGGACGUGUGUCGCAGGCCGCUGCCAUCUUGCAACGCACCCAUGAGCCCACCGUACACCCCGGUCUGCAGGAAUGUUUCGCACGCUGGCAGCAACCCGGCCCGGGACUGCUCGAAUCGAUAAAGCAUCAGACGAACCUCACAUUGCUGCUGCCACUGCUCGCACUGUUCGCAUUCCAAGCGUUCGUCGGUGCACUGCCGAUGCUGUUCUAUCUGACGGAUCUGCUCGAACUAGCCGGCCAGCAGCAGUCACCGGAACAGGUGUCCGCCAUGGUGGUAGCUAUCUUCACCGCAACAGCAGCGCUCAGUCACUACCUCAACCGCAGUCAGCUUCAACAGCGUCCGUUGCUGGUGCUCAGCGCGCUGUUGAUCGCAGCGGGGUCACUCGCCCUAGGUUGGCACUGCCACGAGCGACGCACACGCAACCUCGAUCUGACCGAGACGAGCACCGAGUGGCCACUGUACUGUUUUGCGCUCAUCUACGCAGCAUACGCGUUCGGGUUCCACCGAUUGCCCGGGACGUUGCUCGCAGCGGAGGCGACGGAUGAGAAUCUGUUCGCUUUGCGAACUCUCGCUACCGCCAUCUGCUGGGGUUCGGUGUAUCUCGCCGUGCGGCUUCUUCCCGUCCUGCUGAGCACGAUCGGGCUUGGCUGGGUGCUCUGGAACAUAGCGCUGAUCGCCCUGUCGGCCGCCGGUCUGGUACUGCUCUGUCUGCCCGGUCAGGAUGACUACGCACACAAGGCGUUGCCAGGUAUUGGCACGAGCUCGAUGACUUCCUCGGUAUGCUCCUCCGGUUCGGACUCACCCGCCGCAUCCAGCUGUUGGCCAUGCUCCACCACAACCUCACCCCCGGAUACAAACGUGCCGGAGAUGUUCAAGCACAGCGAGAACCACACGGAUCAGGUAGUUACAGGACCGGAACUGGUUUGA